AUGAACUCUGAAAAUGCAACACAAGAAUCAAAUAAUCAUACAAGUCAGUCAGCUCGAGCUUCUAAUCAACCUCAACAAGGAGCCGAUGAUUCAGAUUUCUUCCAAAAGCUAACAAAAUUCUUGGAAGAUGCACCUGCUGAGGCUAUUUUACGUGAUGCAAAUAUAUUGAAACAUAUACAAGAUGGAUUACUCUCGAUUGAAACAUCCCAAAAUUUACAGUCUCUUUCAGUUUUGCGCAUUUGGUGUAGAAAACUUGCCGUAAGGCUAAACAUGGAAAAUGAUAAUCGCAUUGUUAACAAGAAUAACGUUAAAAAUCCAGAUAAAUUAAGAUCAAUUGUCGCACCAUACUGCCUUGCGUUAGCUGAUUUAUGCACACAAAUAUUUAGUAAGCCAGAGUUACUUCCUUUUGCUUGUCUUACAGUUAGAGAAUUAUUAAACGUUUCAAAAUCUGCUCCAAAUCCUCAAAUUAUUGAAACAGUUGUCUCAUAUACACAUAUCAAGAAUCUUCGUAUUCCAUUACUUGAAAUUGUAGCACUAUCAUCUUUCCCAAUUUCAGGUUUACCUAUAUUAGAUCCAGAAAUUGCAAUUCUUCACCCAGAUCUCCAUAAAAAGCUUAUUGAAAUAUCUCCAGAAGGAAAUAAGAAUGAUGUACAACUUGUAUUAAACUAUGUAUCAAAAAUUCAAGCAAUGAAUAAUAAUUCAAUUCCAUUUGAUAGAAACCUGCUUCCUUUCUGCGAUUUUGAUAAAGUGUUUGAUAACAUUCCAAAAGAUGUACUUGCUUCCCAUCCAGAUGAUGAAGUUCGAAGUGCAUUUUACAAAAAAGCUCUCGAAAACAAUUAUGACGUCUCACAAUUUGUUGAUUCACUAAUAACAGCUGGUAUAUUCGAUAAAGUUGUUCAGAAAGAAGCUUCUCAGAUCCUUGUUCAGAAUUUAGAUUCAAUUAUCCAAGCUGGACUAACUCCAAAACAAUUGGCUUGCUUGCAAUGCCUUCCAGUUAAGUCAGGAAGUACAAUAUUCAAAGGAAUUUCAGAUGCAAUCGAUAGCAGCGAUGAAUUCAAUCUAAUUUGCGGUUGGGUAAGAUAUUUAUUUUCCAAAGAUGACUGGGUUCGUGAUCAAGCCAUAUCAGCAUUAACAAAACUUGUUGGUUUUGAGAUCAACUUUGGAAUUGAAGAUCUCGGAAUGAAAGAUUCACAAGCGAAACAGUUAAUUGACCAACUCAAAUUACCCGGAAAUCUUUCUGACUUCCAAGAAGAAGGCCAAACAUUCGUUGACAUUAUUUACAACAAAGAUCAGAUUGAUGCUGCAAGAAAUGUAGCUGCAAUGAAGAUUGCAAAGAAGAUUCUCGAUCCAUAUUGCAAUGUUAGGAAGCUUCUUCCUCAACUCCAUCAAUUACCGUUUGCAAAGUUCCCAUUACUUUUGCAUGCUGUAGCAAUUAGAGAUGGAUCAUUAAAGAUUGACACUCGCGAGCGUUUAAUAGAACUUAUGAAAGCAAUAAAUACUUCCAAUGUCAGUGAUUUAUUGCCAAUCCUUGCAAGAGCUGUAUUUCAACCACUUCUUUACAUUGAAGUCGAUGGAAGCAAUUUAUUAAGAAUUCCUCGUUAUUCUCAAGUCGAAUUCCAAGUUCCAGGAUGCAAUGGAUAUUAUGAUCCAGAGUUCUAUAAGCCAAUUGACAGAUUCCCUCUCGAAGGGGUUGUUAAAGAAUGGACACAAUUCAAAGUUGUUCACAAGAAACCAAUAAAGAAGGAAAAUGAUCUUAAAAUUGUCACCUCAUUAAAUAUGAUUGAUCCAUCUCUUUCAGCUGAUUUCAUUUUGCAACUUGAUGAAGAUCCUUACGCUCCAGGUGUUUUGAUGAGCAGUGGAACACCAGGAAAUGUAAUGUAUUCUAUUUUGACAGCUUCAAUUUCCGCCAAAAAGAAAACAACAAAUGGCAUAGAAAUUUGCAACAAAUUAUUACCACAAUCUCCUGAUUUAGGUUUGAAACUAGCACAAGUUGAAACAGAAUUCGGAGGUGAUGUUCAGAUGCCAGAGAAGAUUAAUGAAUAUAUCUUAGAUGAAAAUCUCAGAAGGCAAGCACUUGGAUUUUUAGUUGCAAGAAUCAAACAGAAACAGAAUUUAGAUGGAGUUGACUACGAGAAAAUCAAGCCUCUUUUCAACGAAAAGCUUCCUACAAAUGUUCUUCGUCAACUUUUAACUGUAUUUUCUGAACUCGGAAGAUCUGAAAUCGGCAAUCAAUUCAUUAUCCAAAAAGAUGCUUUAGCAAAGUCUUUUGCUUUCCAUACAGCAGAAAUGAAUGAAAUCAACCCCAAAGCAGCUUUAGCUUGCGCAACUGAUGAAAGAGAAGCAAUAUGCACAAGAGCAGCAGCAGUUGAAUUUUUAGUCGAGUAUUACAGUAAUCAUGAAGUCCCUGAAAUGAUUCUUACAAUGCUUUUCAACAACCAGAGUGGAGAAAACCCUCUGACAUUUUAUUUGUUGAGAUUGUUAUCAAUCAAAGCUGUAAGAGAUUCAAUUCCUGUUUAUGAAGACUUCGUCAUUAACUACUUGAAUGAAAAGACAUCAGAAAUCUUCUGCAAGGCAGCAAUUUAUUCUCUUGAAGGAUUCAAUAUUCAUAAGAAGGAAAUUUUUGCAGCUAUGGAAGAUUUAAUUAACUUAGAUGAAUAUACAGAACCAAUUCUCUAUGUUUUGCCAACGCUAAGUGAUGAAACACUUGGAAACUUUGGUCCUCAAAUGUUAUUCUAUGUUACUGAUACUUUCUCAGCUGAAAAUAUUGAUAUUGACUUAGUUUUAGUUUGUAUCAAUAGACUUCUUUUAUUAAAUAUCAAAUUCCCUGUUGAAUCCAUGGAGAAUAUUCUUAGUAUGUACAAAAAGUUUAUCGAUAAGCAAUUUGUUUCAUAUAAACUUCAUCAUGUCAUGAACCAAAUCUUCCUUCAAUCAGAUGAAGCAAAAUCAUAUGCUUUGUCUCACGGAUUCCUUGAUUUGAUUCUUACAGAAAUCAAGUAUGUAAAGGAUCCAACAUUCCGUGAUAUUGCAUAUACAACAUUAUCUCAGUUUGUAUACAAUUAUAAAAAUGCUCAGGAUAGGAUCCUUAAAGAAUGGUCAGCAGAAACUCUUAGUGAACUUUUCAUUUCAGAAAAAUCAACUCUUCAUUUCUUCUUAUGCUUCGUAAAAGGAAAUGAAGAUGCUCAGAAGAAAUUUACAGAGCCAAAAAGCAGUCCACUUCUUGAUAAACUUAAUGGAUUUAUUGAUACACAUACGAAACAAAAAGAACCAUUGCUUUUACUCGAACUCCUAGCUAAUGUUUUGCAUUCUAGAUCAGUAAGAAACAAAGUUUAUACUAGCAAGAACUUGAUCAUAAAAUACUAUACUCAGGUCAAAAAAUAUGCUAGUAAAUCAAAUUGCAAAGAACUGCUUGAUGGAUGGUUAAGAGUAUUUAUAACGUUAACAAUGUACCCUGAUGGAAUACGUAAUUUAAAUGGUGAUGAAGAUGCUAAACUUUCAGAACUCUUAUUAUACUUCAUCACAAACGAAGCUGUUGUUAAAGAAUCAAGAAAGUUCCUUAUAUUAUUGAGGAACUUAAUAAAUGAUUCUAUUUGGGAAUCUCUUAAAGAAGAUAUCAAAAAACAGUUACUUCCGCAUCAAAUUGAAAUAUUCCAAAAUCUAAUUAUAAAGGCCAAAGAUUUAUAG